CACCGUUGCAUUCUCAUUGGAUGUCAGCGAUGGAUGCUGUGCACCAAUAGCAUUUAGAACUGUACAAAGAGAUCUACUCUCUCCCCCAUGCAGCUUCAGCCAUCACAAUGCUCAGAGAGGAUAGAGAGUAGGCAAAUGGUUCAUACACUUGGAGUAUAAGGUUAAAUCUUAAUCAUAUCUUUAGCUAUAAAAACGUAUCAUUCCAAUGGGAUAUGUCGCGCUUUUGGAAUACGGAUUUUGGCUUUAUGGGCUCCGUUCUUUGUGGAUAUUGUGUUUUUUGUUAAAUCAGGGAUGACAAAGAGAAAGGAAUAUCGAGACUGGAGAUGGCAGGCGCUUUGGUGGCAUCAUUUCUUCCUCUUGUGGACUACAGUAAACGCACAGACUCGUUACAGCAUCCAUGAGGAGCUAAAACAGGGCUCUGUGGUAGGAAAUCUUGCCAAAGAUCUGGGUUUGGGACUUUCGGACAUUUAUGACCGUAAAUUGCGCGUUGCCUCUGAGGCUGGAGAGCAGUAUUUCAGCGUGGAUGCGGGGAAGGGCGAGCUGGUGGUGAAUGACAGAAUAGACAGAGAGGCUUUAUGUGGACAAAGCGCCAGCUGUGUGUUGCCUUUGCAGGUGGUCAUUGAAGAUCCGUUACAGUUACAUCGAAUUGAGGUGGAAAUACGAGAUAUUAAUGACAAUUCUCCACGUUUUCUUUCAAAUGAAUUGUCUUUAAACAUAGCCGAGUCAGCAGCAGUGGGACUACGCUUUCCUUUGGAGAGCGCAUCUGACCCAGACGUUGGAAGCAAUUCCCUCAAAUCAUACACACUCAGUAAAAAUGAAUGUUGUUCCCUUAGAAUAAAAGAAAUCGAGGGUGGGAAGACCGUCCCGGAACUUGUAUUAGAAAAGCCUCUAGAUCGAGAGAAAAAAUCAGUCCACAAAAUAUUACUAACAGCAUUAGAUGGGGGAAACCCAGUAAGAUCCGGAACCACACAAAUAACCAUAAGCGUUCUUGACAAUAAUGACAAUAUUCCGGUUUUUGAAAAGAAUCUUUAUAAAGUGUCCCUGGGUGAAAAAAGUGUACAAGGAACGGUUGUUAUUCAGCCCAAAGCGUCAGAUGCAGAUGAAGGUUUAAAUGGCGAAAUAACAUUCUCGUUUGGCUCUCGGACGCCAGACUUGGUGUUGUCGAUCUUUGAUAUUAACCCUUCAACCGGUGAAAUCAUUCUGAAAGGGGAGUUAGAUUAUGAAACUGCCAAGUCAUAUGACAUUGACGUGACUGCAAAAGAUAAAGGUAGUCCUCAGAUGGAGGGUCACUGCCGCGUGCAGGUUGAUAUUACUGAUUUCAAUGAUAAUACUCCUGAAAUCGUUUUCACCUCUAAGCCCAAGCCAGUGCGUGAAGACGCACCAAGUGGGACAGUUGUGGCUUUGAUCAGUGCGCGAGACCUCGACUCUGCUAAUAACGGUAAAGUAACAUUGCAAAUUACCAAGGGGACCCCUUUUGAUUUGAAACCUUCUUUUUCUAACAAUUAUGCGCUGGUUACCAGUGGGACUUUAGACAGAGAACGUUUUUCAGAAUAUAAUAUUGAAAUUACAGCCACUGAUUCUGGCUCUCCUCCCUUGACCAGUAAGAAAACUGUACUCAUCACUAUAACUGAUGUUAAUGACAAUGCUCCUGUAUUUACUCAGAAAAUCUAUGAUGUGUAUUUAAAAGAGAAUGGAGUACCAGGCUCUAUCCUGUACUCAGUAUCAGCAUCUGACCUGGAUUUUGGUGAAAACGCAAAGGUCUCUUACUCUAUACUGGACUCUAAAGUGCAGGACGUUUCUGUCUCAUCGUAUGUUUACAUUAACUCAGAUAACGGCAGCAUCUACAGCAUGCACUCGUUUGACUAUGAGAAACUGAAGGUGUUUCAGAUUCAGGUCCAGGCAAAGGAUCAGGGCUCUCCGUCUCUCAGCAGCAACGCCACUGUCCAUGUUUUUAUCCUGGACCAGAACGACAAUGCCCCCGCUGUUAUUUACCCCUCCUCCGCUGCAAUGGGCUCCCUCUCCCAUCAGAGGAUGCCUCGCUCCGCGAAAGCGGGUCACCUGGUUACCAAGGUGACAGCCGUGGACGCUGACUCGGGCCAUAACGCCUGGAUCUCCUACAGACUGGCGGAGGCCACAGACGCCUCUCUCUUCACUGUCAAUCUGUACACAGGGGAGGUGAGGACUAAACGCGCUGUGUCCGAGCAGGACGACUCCUCUCAGAGGCUCCUUAUAGAGAUCAAGGACGACGGGGAACCGAUCCAGUCCUCCACAGUCACGGUGUCCAUCAUACUGGAGGACGGCCUCCAUGAGCCCAUCUCAGACCGCCGAAACAAAGCAGCCGAGCCCAGCAAGAAAACUGGGAGAAUCACCCUUUAUUUGAUUCUCUCUCUGGCCUCGGUGUCCGUGCUGUCUCUGCUCACUUUCCUCAUCUUAGCGGUUAAAUGCAUCAGGAACAGCAGGAGCAGCAGCACGUGCUGCAUGAGACGGACUGACUCUGAUGAUUACAAGAACCCCAACAGAAACCUGCAGAUUCAGCUCAACACUGAUGGACCUAUAAAGUACGUGGAGGUCCUGGGAGGAGACAUGCUGUCUCAGAGUCAGUCCUUCAGGUCCUGUAUGUCUCCAAUGUCAGAGUACAGCGAUUUCACUCUGAUUAAACCCAGCAGCACCACAGACUUUAAGGAGGUGAUCAGUGUCCUGGAUGCUUCUUUACCCGACAGCACCUGGACCUUUGAGAGCCAGCAGCAAAAGCCUCCCAACAAUGACUGGCGCUUCACACAGGGACAAAGACCCGGACCUAGCGGUCCCCACAUGCCGUACGGUACACACAUACGAUGGACGCCGAAGAAUGGGACAAGGGCAACUGGAGGACCUGAGGUUGCCAUGGGAACUGGCCCCUGGCCCCAGCCCCCUACUGAAGCUGAGCAGCUCCAAGCCCUGAUGGCUGCAGCCAACGAAGUGAGUGAGGCUACAGCCACCCUCGGGCCCGGCACUAUGGGCUUGAGCACCCGCUACAGCCCCCAGUUCACCCUGCAGCACGUGCCAGACUAUCGUCAGAACGUCUACAUCCCAGGCAGCACGGCCACCCUCACCUCAAACCCCCAGCAGCAGCAGGCCACGGCCCAGCAGGCCACCCAACAGGCACUGCCCCCUCCUCAGGCCUCAGCUCAACCAGAGCCCCCCAAGGCCGCCCAGACUCCAGCCUCCAAGAAGAAGUCCACCAAGAAGGAGAAGAAGUAGAUGUGAAUAGGUGAAGGAAUGAUAAACCUGGGCCUGAUCUGAUGAGAAAUUAACCCUCCACACCCCACCAUUCGAUAUCUUAAAUAUUGACAGCAAAUCACUUGUGACCACAUGGGCGAUUUUGAAAGUUCUUUGAAAGUGUCUUGAAUGCCUCAAAGAAUCUGAAUGUGUUGAAAGCUGUUAGUGUUUCUAACUUGUGCUGUGCUUAAGGUCUAUUAUUGUUCACAUAACCGUUGUUGGUAGAUAUAUUUGGCUGGGUGUGGGGGGUUACUGUCCCCCGCCCAUAUUUCUUUCUUUUUUUUUGGCAAAAAUACAAAACAAAAACUUGGACAAAGAGAUUCAGUGUAAGCAACCUUGCUGGGAUGACAAGACUAUACGCAGUGAUGUAUUCAGAAAUGAAAUGUUAAUGUCUUUCACGUUGGAUUUUUUUGUGCACUUUCCAUGAGGUGGAAAGUCAGCUGUUGUAAAGUACGUUAGUUGCCAUCCAUUAGAUUGCUAAUAGGGUCAGCAUUGCUGGGUCUUAAAGCGUUAAGUCCUUUGACUUUAAGGCUGUUGUUUGACAAGUAUUACAAACUCUUCUGCAUGCUCAUUAAGGUUCAAACCACAUAUACUAGUUUAGAAUUGCAAACUAUGCAUUGCAAAAGCAGAGGAGGAGGACAUCUUGAAUCUAUUAUCGUCCCUCCAAUUGCAGGUCAAUAUAAUGCACAUGUAGCAUUUACUUGACACAAAAUGAAAAUUACUUUUGUAAUCGUAGUUUAAAAAAAAGAAAGAUUUUAAUCUUCUGAUAUUUUUAUGACCUGAGCAUGCACCCAGAGGAAGGGCUGGCAAGGAGUGGGGGUUGCAUGGCGCUGUGUCGUGGAGUCACGAGCCAUGCUGUCCACAUCAGUGGUACAGCAGCAGGGACUGGCUUCUUCUGCAACACCUCCAGAUGGGCACAGACAUGUCUUGCUGCCCCGCACCCCCCUGCCCUCCCCCUCCUCACACUCAGCUCGUGUCCCUCCCUCAUUCACCACCCCCAUAUUGAGAGCCAAACAAAAAGAAAUGCACUGUUAGUAUUCUUAAGAUGAUGUAGGGGUUGUAAUCACUUCAGUCUUUAGGGAAACAUGUAGAUGUGGUAAACUUAAGUGCUUAGGAGUUUCUAGACACCUUGCGGGCCUUUAGGGCCUCGAUGGAGUAUUUUCCUUCACCAUCCUCAAGUGCUGAAGAAACGUCUUGAUGUGGCACAGUAUCAUGUCUUUUCUUUGGGAGAUAACGAUUCGAUAGCAUAGAGAAAGUGUUUGUAUAAGAUAUGAAGUUUUUACAUUGCCGUCUAUCCUUCUGUCAGACUCCUGGACACGUACAACAGCAUGAAGAAAAAAAAAGGCAGCUUGCAGAGUGGGUUAGGGAGAGUGGAAGUGGUAUGGUGAGAGGUAAACAGACUGAGGUGGCACCAUUGUAUCGAUCAGGGGGUGAUAAACAUCCUUGGCUCUACCCACUGAAUGUACAGAGGAACCACAGUUGACCUGCCCACCCCAGAAACUCUCUCAAAUGCACUGACUGUAGUAGAGGUCAACAGAGCCAAGCGCAGUUGUCCCUGUUGGUGAGGAGAUGCCACUCACAAGCCCUUUGAAAUCUCUCUCUUCCAUUGACACCAAUGGGAAACCUCAACCUCUUCACCACUCACCUCUCCCCCUCUACUCCCUAGUCCUGUGAGGCUCUUCCCCACUGUAAAUAAACACGAGUCCUGUCGAUGGUAUGAGCCAGGUGUUUGUAUAGUAGGGACCAUGUCCAACAUUUUCAAAAUAAAAGUCCCUCUCCAAAAGGCGUGGCUUACUACUGGAAUGUGUUGCAUUUUGUUUUUAAGAAAAAAAAAUUAAGAAAACCACAGUUAAAAAAAAACAAUAAUAAAAAAAAUUGAGAUGUUCUUCAGCAGUUUGUGUUGCAAUGUAGUAACUAAGCACCAUGGAAGCCAACUAACACUUAAGUGUAAAUAACUGAUAAAGAUAACUUUAGAUAAGUAAAAGAAGUGACACACGUAGACUAGUUAACUUGUGGUAUGUGUUGCGCAUAUUUUUGUGUUUAUUUUCCCUCUACUAUCUUUUAUCACCCUGUAAAGAUACAAAACAAAAGAAAAAAAAUAUGGAAAAGUUUCUAUCCUUCUGUAACCUCUUAAUGUUCUUUUGCGGUGAUUUUAUCUUGUGCAUUUGUGAAAGAAUGCCUCUCAUUCUCUUUCUGUCCAUAUGAACAAAUGAUUAUAAAUAUUAUAUAUGUGUAAGUCCGUCCGCUGCUGAAUUAAUCCUACUCUAUCCUGCUGUAUUAUCUUUCUUAUCAAAUGCUUAAACCCCACGCUAUACCCCUGUGUUACUCUCUUAUUUUUAUGCUAAUAUUUAUAUUGCUGUUUUAUUUUCUCUUGAACACUGACAUUUCAAAUAAAAAGAUUCAUUUUAAAAAUA